UUCCUAGUCACCAUGAAAACGGUCAUCCAAAUCUUGUGCUUCUUCCUUUUAAUAACUUUUUACAAAUGUGCAGUCAUCACUGGGGCGUGUGAGAGGGAUCUGCAGUGUGGAGCCGGGACAUGCUGUGCAAUCAGCCUGUGGCUUCGAGGGCUAAGGAUGUGCACUCCGCUGGGACAGGAAGGAGAUGAAUGCCACCCGUUCAGUCACAAGGUCCCUUUCCUUGGAAAACGCCAACACCACACUUGCCCGUGUUUGCCAAACUUUAUAUGCUCCAGGUUCAUCGAUGGCCGAUUCCGGUGUUCAGUAGACUUCAAGAACAUAGACUUUUAGCAAACAGGACGGCGCUUCAGAGCCCUUCCCAGCUGGAGAACCGGGCAGCACUACUCUCAGAAAUGAGCACCACCUGCCGCCUCUUUUUUUAAUUUCUCUUCACCACCACCAACUAUUCUACACAGU